AGGAAAUCUAUCUAAUUGGCUCAUCAUCAUCUCUUGUCUGUGUCCAUGGCAGGGAAGACAUGGGUGUUGGAGCUUAAAGCUUUGAAAUGCUCCUCCCCCAUGAGGUCAACAACACAUUCUCCUGCCAUGUUCACCACAACUACAACUAAUAUCAACAUCUACAAUGCCCAUCAAAGAUUAUGCCCAUCACUCUCCAUGAAUGGAUGUUCCAAGCAACAAGCAGCAGAUUACAGUCCUCUGGGGACUAUACAGACCCUCUCACUCCCACCUGUUUCAACUCCAGCUCUGGCUAUGGACUCUCUCAGCUCCGCAUUAUUCAAACUUCAAUCGAAUCCACCUCCUUUUCACUCUGGUAUUAUUCGACUCCAGGUGCCAAUAGAGGAACAAAUAGAGGCAAUAGACUGGCUUCGCGCCCAAAAGCAAGAGGAUGGGUUGCUCCCUCGAUGUUUCUUCUCAGGACGAAGCCACAAAAAUAACAACACUCCUCCUGAUUUUCUCAUCAACAAUCAUAUUAAUGGCAACGACCGCAGUAAUCUUAACGGUAACCACUAUGAUUACCAUCAACACUCAAGUGACGAUGAUGAUGACCGUGAUGAUAGUGUUGUUAGUGUUGCUGGAUUGGGAUGUGCAGUAUUCUUUCGACACGUUAGUCCUUUCUCCUUCCACCAUUGGCGCUCCAUUAAGAGGUUUCUUUCUAAGAAGUGCCCACUGAUUCGUGCUUAUGGGGCUAUCCGCUUUGAUGCAACGGCUCAUAUAUCAUCUGAAUGGAAGGCUUUUGGUUCAUUUUACUUCAUGGUUCCACAGGUUGAGUUUGAUGAAUUGGAAGGAAGCUCGAUGCUUGCUACAACUAUCGCUUGGGAUAAUGCACUGUUCUGGACAUUUGGAAUGGCUAUAUCCCAGCUUCAAGACACAAUGCGACAGAUUUCCUCUGCCAUUGUGAGGUUAAGUAAAGAAGUUCCUAAUACAUUAAUCGUCAGCAAUAAUCAUGUUCCAAGUAAGAGUUAUUGGGAUCUUUCUGUUAAUAGGGCUUUACAGAUGAUAAGCAGGAACAACUCAUCACUCAUUAAGGUCGUACUUGCACGUAGCAGCAGGGUGUUAACGAAUCCUGAUAUCGACCCUUUAAUAUGGUUGGCUUGUUUACAGGUUGAAGGAGAGAAUUCUUAUCAGUUCUGUCUUCAGCCUCCUGAUGCACCAGCAUUUAUUGGUAACACUCCAGAGCAAUUGUUUCACCGAGACUCGCUCAGUAUAUGUAGUGAAGCUUUGGCUGGAACCCGAGCUAGAGGUGACUCGGAGGCCCUUGAUCUUCAGAUUGAAUUUGAUCUACUUUCCAGUCGCAAGGACCACCGCGAGUUUACUAUAGUGCGCGAAUGCAUAAGAAGGAAACUAGAGGCGGUUUGUGAAAAUGUAUCGAUUGAACCAAAUAAAGCUAUACGGAAACUUCGAAGAGUUCAACAUCUCUAUGCUCAUUUGACUGGGAGACUAAGAAGUGAAGACGACGAGUAUUAUAUUUUGUCUUCUCUUCAUCCAAGUCCUGCAGUUUGCGGGUUCCCGACAGAAGAGGCCAGACUUUUAAUAACAGAAACUGAAAUGUUUGACCGAGGGAUGUAUGCGGGUCCUGUUGGUUGGUUUGGAGGAGGAGAGAGUGAGUUUGCAGUUGGUAUAAGGUCAGCAUUGGUAGAAAAGGGACAUGGUGCAUUAUUUUAUGCUGGGACUGGGAUAGUGGAAGGAAGUAAUUCAUCCCAGGAGUGGGAAGAACUGGAGCUGAAGACAUCUCAGUUCACUAAGUUGAUGAAACUAGAAGCUCUGUCACUUGAUACAAAAAGAGGAUGAAAUGGAGAGUUUAAACUGGGAAGGUAAUAGAUUAAUCAAGCUGCUAUCUUGGUUCAAUAUUGUGGCCUUUUUCAUUUUUGGUUCAGAAAACACGCGAGUGCUUAGAAAGCAGCUCUUUUUCACUCCAAGUAGCAGCUAAAUUUGUAUAGGGAACCAGGAGUUGAUAGUUCAGCCUUGUUGUAUAGGUGUUUCCAACAGAAGAACACGAACACUUAAAGAGCAUAUAAGAGCAUAUUAGUCGUUCAUUUUGUUGUCUUCUUUGUCAUACAACCAGACAGUAGUAGAUCUCGACAUUGUUUAGGCUAUAUUAUCAAAAUAAGUGAGUGAUUGCGACCUUGAGCAUGAUUAAGCCUUCUUGGUCAUCUUGAUCUUGCACUGCCAGAUAAAGAGGUCGGUUAAGAAUUGAAAAAGUUGGCUUUUGGAAUUCUGAUAGAAUUAUAGUUGACAAGGGAGAUGCACAUUGCAUAUAUCUCCAGGUUAAAAUUGUACUAACCUUAAUAACUGUUAAGUGUAUAGAUAUUCCUUGUAGCUUUAGUGUGAUGUUACCAUAAAAUAUUCCUUGUAGCUCUUGUGAUAUUACUAUGGCUUUUAAGUUUCAGCAAUGCAAAUACACAGUUCACUUGCUUGUUUUUACCUUCA